GGAGACCCGAGGAGACAAGAGGAGACAAGAGGAGACCCGAGGAGACCCGAGGAGACAAGAGGAGACAAGAGGAGACCCGCGCGUGAUGACGUGAGGAGCUCGCGCUCAUCCAGCGUCUCCACCUCGUCCGCUAAAUAAAGGUUCUUCUUCAUGUGACUGACGUGAAUCGGGAUGCAGAGAGAUACAACUCGCUUCGUAUAGUAAUGAACGUGAUUCUCAUUUCCAAACUCGUUCCCUCGUCUCCUCCUUGGUCUCCUAGUAGGCAUCAUGGUGGACAUCGCAGUGAAGAGCGGCGCCGCUUGGACCUGUCCCACCCAGGGACAUCGGCUGGCUCAGGUGCUGCUUCCUGUUCACGCCGGAGACCAAGAGGACGGAGGGGAGGAGCCCGGCCGGCCGGACGGAGACGACGCAGACUGGGGCGGCCCGGUGCUGCUGCAGCAGACGGAGGGAGGCUCUCCCUGCGUUCUGACCCUCCGCUGCCCCCCCGGCUCCCCCACCGCCAUCAGCCGCCUGCUGGUCGUCAGCGAGGCCAGAACCAUGGAGGCGUACGACCAGAUGGGAGAAUACUGCGCUACGAUACGCGGGGAGAGAGACGACAGCGUCCAGACCGACAGUUCAGACAGAGGGCCUUUCUACAAGAAACAGCUGAUCCUGGAGCCCCCGUCCUCUGCCUGUGACGUGAAGCUGCUCUCCCUGGGCGGUCGAAGCAGUGUUUUGGUGUGUCGGGUCAUCGUGGGCCUCCAGAGGUCGCGGCCCUGCGCGGCGCGCGGCGCCGGCAUCGACAUGCAGCAGGUGCAGUGUCUGGUCGAGGAGAUGGGGGCGAGCCUCUCGCCGGGAGCGCAGAACCUCAUGGACAUGGUGCACCUCCAGCAGAAGAACCAGAGCAGCUCCCUGGGGGGCUUCCUGCCUCUCCUGAUGGGAGGUGGAGUGUUCUCCGCCCUGGCUCAAGGAGCCAACGCCUCUCCAGGAGCCGUCGGCAACCAGCCCCGGCCGGCAGACGCCAGGCCUCCGCUUGGCUCCACCAGGCCUUCAGAUGAAGCUCCUCUGGCUCAGAUCGGAGCGACGUCAGACGCCUCCACCUCCUCCACCUCCCCAGGCCAGCUGCUUCCUGGUGGCAACACUAACAAGACAGCCCGCGCUGACACUGGAGGUCCAGCGAGCCACGCCCAGCUGGCGGAGAUGAUGUCCCGCCUCAUGCAGGGGCGGGGCCCCGGCCCCGGCCCCGAGCUGCUGCCCGUGCUCCAGAGCCUCUGUGGUCAGGUGACCCAGCUGAGGAUGGACGACGCCACUGCGCUGGCCGAGCGGGAGGAGACGAUGAGAAGCGGCUCGUGGCAGCUGGACUCGGCCAUGGAGCGCCGCCUGGAGGAGAUGGAGAAGAGGCUGAAGGAGCACGUGGACCGGCGCCUGGACGCUCUGGAGCAGAAGCUGGAGAAGGCUCUGCUCGCCGCCCGGGGGCCGGGAGACAUGAGCGGCUCAGCAGGGGGCGCCGCGUCCACGGGGCCCCCCGAGCAGAACCCCCCCACCACAGCCGCGCGCUGAGCACGUCUACACCACAGAAGAAGGAGAUAACGUGAAGAUGAGAGCAUCUGGACGCUCACUGGGGGACCGGACAUGUCCUGCAUGUCUCAUCCGCCUGUGGACAGGAGCAGCUUUUUAAAGCGAUUCUAAUCAGUCAGCGUUUUAACAUGUGAUUAAAAGUGCUCUCAUUCCUCACUGUGAUGUUUUAAAUGAUGUACAUGUGUAACAUAAUUCUAAAGAUACUAACAGAACACUGGUGGUUUUAUGUUAAUAUUAAAGCAAUACACAUGAA